UGCUUUAUACCUAGGGUCACACAGCAUUAACACAACAACAAUAAAAACAAUCAGCUUACAGAUAUUUUGUGUACUACAUUUGUCGUUUAAUUUAUUAAAAGGCAAAGGAAACUAAAACCAUAAUGCAAUUAUUAUCACAAGUAGUGAAAACAAGCCUGCCAAAUUAUUUGUCCGGCUUGCCGGUGCCCGACAGCGUUGGUGGCUGGUUUAAAUUAUCAUUUAAAGAUUGGCUAGCACUCAUUCCACCCACCGCCGUUGUUGUCGGCAUUGGCUAUGUCACGUAUCAAGCCCUUUGCCCUGCAGCAAGGCGUAAGUCCUCCACUGGCCGUUGCAAUGAUAACAUACGCAAGCACGAGGCUAAGGUCGUCGAUAUGAUUGACAUUGAAAACAUUGCGAAUACGGCCGCUUUCUGUCGCUGCUGGAAGACCAAGAACUGGCCCUACUGUGAUGGUAGUCAUGGCGAGCAUAACAAGAACACAGGCGACAAUGUCGGACCGGUUGUGAUCAAGAGGAAAUAAUUCUAAACUGGUGACGCGUUUUUCUAGCAUUUCCUUAUUGAUAUUCAUAUGCAGGCAGAAAGAACUGUUCUCAAGUUCGCAAUAACAAAUUGUUUUAAAUUCUAUAGAUUGUUUUCAACUUAUUUUUACCAUAAGCAAAAUUUGAUUGAUAUAAUGAAGCCAAUAAAGAUUGCCUAAAUGAAUGUAAUUCAUAAAA